AAAUGAGGCGUAUUCAGCUCGAGUAUUGUUGGCAGCAAUUGAUCACAAUUAUUCACACGUAGGCAGGAAACUAAAACUUGGUAAAAGUGGAAAGUUGCAAUACAACAAGGUGUACAGUAAAAGAUCCAAGAAUUGGAGUAUUUCUGUUAUUAAAGAGGAGAAAACGUACGAUUAUUGGCCAGUUCUAGCCUACAAUGUCCUCAAAAGUCGAAUUGACGACAAGCACACUAUUCUUCACAGGGUUGUGAUUCCAGCAGAACACCCGAAAAGGAUUGCACCAUCUAUUGCCAUGGCAUCAAUACCAAAGACCAGUGAUCUUAUCAGCAAGGCCCUCACAAGAUCUAGCAGAGAAAAGAGAAAAAUGCAGAGGCAGGAACAAGCAGCAGCCAAGUUAACAUUUCAGUUGAGCAUGCAUGACAGUCUAGUGUCAAAUGAAGAUGUACCUAUAUUAUAA